AUGGCCCUGUUGCACAGGUUUGCACAGCUGCCGGAUCGCGGUGGCACGCGGGUGUUCUCCUUUAUCAUCACCAGAACGGUGGUGCGUGAUCCAGAGAGAGAUGUGACGAGCAAGGAGCUAGUUUGCGGAUUUCAGAAAUGGUCGGUGGCCCUGUCGCGUGGGGACAAGGUCCUAGGUGUGUACUUGGUGUGGCGUGGCGCAGCUCCCGGACUUCGGGUAUACGUCGACUUCACCUUCACCCUGUUGAACCGAGAACACUUUUCCGUUAACGAGGGGUUCUCCGGGAAGCGGGUAAAGUUCACAUACGAUGCCCCGGCUCAAGGUAAUCGAAACUACAUUCCAGUAUCGGACUUGUACAGCCGCAACUUUGCGGACCCGAACGGAGAGUUCCAGCUGGAGCUGUCGAUGGCGAACGUAAGGACCGUCUACACGGCAGAGGUCAGGAUGCCAACAGGUGUGUUCUCAGCAGGCCAAGCAAAAGCUAACAAGCUGGAGACCGGGUACUUCACGUUCGGUGGCUUCGACUGGAACCUGGUGAUCUAUCCCUUCGGCAACAAGGAGGCCGAGAAUCGCCAGGAAGGCCGACUGAGCGUCUACCUGGUGCGGCUAACAGGAUUCGACCACAGGUGUAGAGUCCGCUACAGCGUCGCAAUGGGCGAGGGCGACCGUAGAAUCGACUCAGGCCACAUAGAGGACCUCUCCAACGCCGAAGGCUGCGGCUUCGGAUGGCACCCGCGCGUCCGCUGGUCCGAGAUCGCCAUCAAGGGGGUCCUCAGAGUGUCCCUGGAGAUGGUGGAGGCGAGGACGAUCUCCGAGGUGACGGUCCAAGCCAUAGGUCCAUCGGUCCUGCCUGCCGCGCCCUGCUACGACCGCGACAAGCAAGCGUGGUCCAUCCGCGCGGACCUCCACUCGAGCACGGUGCGUCUCCACCUGGUGUACAAAGACAUCCACAACGUGCCCCGGAACCACCUGAGGUACGUCAGCUGGUCGGCCUACCUGAUGAGGAGCGAGGACUCCGACGCGGAGGCGAUCGAGCUUCCUGGGGCCCCUUUCAGUCGAUAUUACGCCCAGGAGCCGGUCGACGAGGGGAUCAUCAUGGAGACCAAGCUUGGCGUUAGCGAAGUUAAGGACAAUCACUGUCCCUUUCUUACGGACAAGGGACAAUUGCGCGUCAGGCUUGAGUGGAACGAGAGCCACCUUCUGUUCCAGGCCACCUAUCAUAAGUACGACGACGUGUGUCGCGUUCACAAUCAACAGAUGCGAAGGGAGAUCGCCACCCUCCAGGCGGAGAAUUACUCCCUGGAGAGGCAGCUAUUCAGCUACCAGAAGAGCCUCGCUUAUGCCCAGGCUCAGCAACAUGGCCACCUGGAGAGGUCCGCCUCCACGGACACGGAAUACGCCUGA